AUGGCCACUAGCAAAUUUGCACUUGGUUCUGGUGAAGCCUUAGGACAGAACCAGGUUGAUAGUGUUGCUGCCAAGGUUGAGGGACCUGCCUUCACCUAUAUCUCUGAAGAGAGAGCACAAACUGAUGUUGGAGAGGGUAGCAAGGCCACCGAGAUCCCCUCCAUAGCUGUGGGUAGGAAGAGGAAGAGAGGGAACCUCAGUGAGGAUGAGAUGCUUAUGUUGACCAAUAUGUUUGAUGCAGUGAACAAUGUGGCUAAUGCCCUUAGAGAGACUAGACCUGCCCAUGUGGAUGGUAACCUCUACCUAGCUGUGAUGGAGAUGCCUGGCUAUUCUGAGGAGGCACUGAUUGUUGCCUACACCUUCCUCCUGGACAACAAGGCUCAAGGCAGGGGCUUUGUUCACAUGACUAAGGCACAUAGAAACAUUUGGCUUAGGACCUUCCUAGUCAAGAACUACUACAUGUAG